CAUCCCCAUCAUAUUUUUAUAUUGAUAUUCGCUCAGCAUAGGUAGUUGAUUAUUAUACCACUUCGUUAACCACCGAAACCUUCAAUUUCAAAACUAAUGGGAUUACAACUAUACCAAUCCAUUAUUUAUAAUCAUAAAUUUACUAGUAGUGAAAGUAAAUUUAUGAGAAGUGGUUGGCAUUGCUCCAAAAGCAGUAUAUUUUGGGAAGUCGUCAUUUAUAUUCCAUUAUUUUAAUAUGACACUCGUAUUUAUAAGUUUCUAAUUCGUUAAAAAUUCACUAUUAUUAGUCAACAAGUUGCCUACUGGCGUAUUUUCGAGAAAAAAAAUGCUCUGGGUCGCUCUCCUCUUGCUCUUUGAGCUUGGUCGGAGAAUUGGCCGGAUCCUCUGCGCGGCGCUGCUGAUAAUGGUAAAAGUGAGCCUGCAGAAUCAAGGCUUUGAUGGAUUCAAGGAAAAGAAUGCGAACAGGCAUUCAGAAGGGUCGGUUUUUGACCCAAAUCGGAGGCUCGCCGGUGAACGGCAGGGUGUUAGUGCGCCUGGAAUGAGCAAUCCCCCAAGAAGAUCCAGGUUUUGGAUCGGAAAAAAAUGGAAGCUAGAUUGUUUCCGGGACAAAGUAAAUUGUGAGACGGGUAUAAUCAAACGUCCAAAAUUAUCAAAAAUGGAGGUUUGGCGUUUUUCGCUACCCUCGUCGUUCACCUUGGACGAUGAUGCAGAGGCUAACCCUCAGAGACCUCCUGUCCCAUUGGAUGACCAGAUGGUCACUGGGAAAACUUACCAGAGUGUUGGGGUUGAGCGGGGCCAUGUCUUGGUGAUGAUCGAGAAUAUCGACCGGAAAACUGAUACGGUCACGGAGGUCGAAACCCAGGGUGUUCCUGAUCAACGGCAACCCCCGAGGGCGACCGGGAAAGGGUGUCUUGCCCAGAAAUAUGCGAUGAUACGAUACUUUCCGGUGGCAGCUUGCCGGCGUUCUUGUCGCGGAGACGAUAACGAUCAGUCGGCGAGAUUCACGGAAGAAAAACCAAAAACGGAUUUCCAGGCUUUCAACUGCUGCCCGGAUUUGGUGGGAUUCUACCCCAUCUUCAGAUUAGUUGGAAGAAGAGUCCAGCUAUCACCCGACGUCCUAGUAGUGGACGUCUCUCCUAUUCCCGUGACCUAGUGGCGGUAGCCAGGAGCGGGUGGUUUCUGCAAACUCCCUCUUAUAUAAGCUCUGUUGAACCGCACAAGCGUGAUAAAUAGAAAGGCUCUGG